AAAGCCACUACGUCAAAAAAGAACAGAUGAAAAAUCCAAAAGGAGCAAUCACUUGUCACCAAAAACUUCUCUCUUGCAAAACAAAAGUUAAAGUAUCAAAAGAAAUGAAGGAGCUGUAGCAUCCAAAAAUGGUUUUCACCGUCCAAGCUACCCCACGAAAAACACUCUGAACUUCCCCUCCAAAUUUCCCUCAAUAUAUACUCUAGCGCUUCUAUGCGCCUCCUAUUUUUGAUCCCUCCUACUCUCAGACAAGUUCCCAUUAUGUUUCAAGUUGCUCUCUAGGGCUUCGCCUAAUCAUUUACAUGUUUCUUCCAAAAUCCCCUUAUUUCCCCGAAUUACCUCAUACGCCCCUUCAGUGGCUUCAUAUCCUGCCUUUCUGAAUUCCCCUUAUUUUCCAGAAUCAUCACCUGACCCUUACUCAUAUGCCCUUAUAUGGAUUUUCCCCCUUUCUCGAUUUCCUAUUAUUUUCAGCAGUUUUCGUCAUUGUAUUAAAAAAAUAUGCUCAAGAGAGCUCUACUUCCUUGUUGUUAUCACAUUUGUCACUCAGCCUUUACUUCGUGGACUUAUCUUCUCCUCAGCUACAAUGAGUUCUCAGCCUCAGGGUCAGCCAAUUCGUCCUGGUCACACCAUCUGGAUUUCCCGGUCUACUCCCUAUAGGCGGCCAGUUCCUGCUGAGGUCAUGGCCAGUUAUCGCCGUUAUCAUCUGCGUCAUCUUUCUCAGGAGUUCUGCUCUUUCCUGGAGCGCCUGUCCUCCCCUACACUCCCAGAUCAUCCUCUCUUGCCUUUUAACAUUGUGCAGACGUCUUUGACUCGCUCUUCUUCUACUCAAGCACCUCUGCCCCCUAUCCUGGUGGAUCAACGGACAGAAACAGAUGGUUGUCCUCAUGCUGAACCCUGUUGCCCUAGGCUGACAACUCCUGCCUCUCCUCCAAGUAUCUCUUCUCCUCCCAUUGCCUAUAUUCGUCCCCUGGCAGCUCCUACCUCUUCUCCUCGUGUCUCAUCUCCUCAUUUUGGCUACAUUCCCUCUCUUUCUCCUAGUUUGGCUUCUUCUCCCUCUAACUCUGAGCCUGGUUCCCCAGGCUUUGUUCCCUCUUCCCCUUCUCCUAGGCCUGGAUCCCCAGACUAUACUCCCACUUCUCCCAGGCCUGAUAGCUCUGUUUGUUUGCAAUAAACUUCACUUCCUCUUUUAUACAUCUUCUGAGUCCUGUGUGGUUUAUUUGCAUUAAUCAACUACUUAUUCUUAUUAUGACAUCUGGGCUCUAUACCCAUAUAUCCUAUGAUAUCAAUCAUAAUAAGUCCUUAAAUAUCCUCCCUUGGGGCACUCCCUAAUACAUCAUAGAAUCGUCACAACAUCACUCCCCCCUUUGAGACUGUCAAGUCUCAACAAAACCUAUGUCCCAGUGAGAUUGUCACCUAACCAAAACAUAAACCAUAAACAUUAAACAUAAGGAAAAACAAGAACAUAAAGGGAAAACAUCAAAAGCAACACCACAAGAACCAAAACAGCAAACAGCAACAACAUCACUCAAAACCAAAAUAACAGGAACAACAUCACUCCCCCCCAACCAUGCCCAAAACAGCAUACAGUCCCAAGCUCAUUCUCAAAAGGGUGAACCAGGAGUGAGCGAAAAACCCCCGGGAGUCCAAUACGAGAGAAAAUUCUCACUCUACCCGCUCAUGGCACGACAGUGAAUUUUGUACCACCAGGAACACCGCUAACGCAGUAAGCAAACAGAAAUGUCUAAGCAUGUCAGCAAGCUGUCCAUGUGUACGAUCAGAAGUAAUGUCUCUUUUACCACCACCAAUGAUGAUUGCGAUGCACUGACUGGAUCCACAGGGGUAUCGGAAUCCUUACGCGUCGGCCCUCACGUAGGGCCGCCCAAAUGUCUCGGAAGCGUUCGGCACAACAGUCAUCCUUGGCCGUGUCCGCCACCGCGUCCGAGGAGUCCCCCCUUCGCGACGUGGGCCCCCCCAUGAGUACAUGAAUCUGGGCGUUCCGAUCGUGUCCGGAAACCCAUGCCGCACAGCCGCAGUGUGGGACGUCCAGAAUUGAUAUCCACAAAAGAGCAGCGUACAAUACUGGCAUGUGGUAGUCUGUAUGACGUGCGGGGAGAAAAUAUAAGCGUGUUUACGACCGCGCCCAUAUGUUGAGGCAACACAAAAGGACCGGCGUACUACAUAGCUGUGUACUUGUACUUGGAGUCCUCUCUGAAGAUCGUACUGAUCCAUGUGAUAGGCUUGGAUCCAUAACCCUUCUGGGAGAAACAGAUCUGCA